GUCCUUAAGGUGACCCGUACAUCUGCGCAUGCGCAUGUCGCUUUUGGUACGGUGAGCGUGUGACUUUAAUUGUAGUGUCACGCAGUAUUGGUGCAUAAUUGCAGGUUUUAUGUUGUCAAAGUGUUAAAAUAGAAUAUAAGUGAACAAAAAUGGCUCUCAGAAGGUGUUGGAGGUUUGCAGGGGUUGUCCCACGGCUGAUAUGGAACAACAGCGUCCUGCCUGGAGCGUCUGUCCCUGGAGGACAAGGCUUUGUGCCCAGCCUUAUUAACUCUCACCCCGGCUGCAAAACUACUGUGUUGCUGCCCUGUAGAUUCAGCUCAGGGCCAACCAGCACGGAGGUGAGCUAUGAGGAGCUGAAGAAGCUGCUGGCUGCACAGAAGUCUGUGGUCAUCGAUGUCAGGGAGCCAUGGGAGCUCAGGGAGUACGGCUUCAUCCCCGGGUCAAUUAACGUACCCCUGGGACAGGUGAACGCUGCUCUCCAGCUGGCUCCAGAAGAGUUCAAAGAAAAGUUUGGUGGUGAAAUGCCCCAGCCGACAGAUCACAUUGUAUUCUCUUGUCUGGCAGGGAUCAGAAGCAAGAACGCUCUCAACGCAGCCACUUCACUGGGAUACAAUGAUGUGCAGCAUUACCCGGGUGGAUGGCAAGACUGGAUGAAGAAUGAAAAACAUAACUCCUAAAACAAGAACAGAACAGAAAGAUUAUCUCCAGAUUUGUUUGUGUGUUUUUAAAGAAAUCAAUUGAAAUCUGAUUACUAAGUGAGGUUGCAAAACAAGGAGGUGGGUAUAUGGUGCUUCAAAAGUUAAUUCAGUUUUCUGUUUUUAAAAACAGUGAUCUAAAGAUGUUUUUCUUACGCCAUGAAUCCCAAAGACUGAAACCAGAGGGCUCAGUAGACAUCAACAAUCCUGUCUUCUGGUAAAACAAGCUACUGAUAAAAACCUUUAUGACUCCUGAACAAACUAAUAAAUAACUUGCAACUUUUUCAACCUUAUAACAAAAGAGAUAAAGAAGUGCUACUAUCAGUUUUUAGACUAUCUAUGCAAAAGACUACUUAACUCUGUAUGACUGUGAUUCAAUAUGAAGUCUUCCAUUGCACAAUAUCAACAGCUCAACAUUUCAACUUGAUGUAUUGUAAAUAUUUAAUGUCUUUUUGCACAUAGAUGAAGAUGUUCAGUUGUUGCCAACACGAUUCAAUAAAAUAUAUAGUUUUGAUUAACAA